GAAGAUAUCGAUCGGAGAUGGUUUCAGUAGCGGCGUCGUCUUCACCGUCGACUGCAAGCUCGCCAUGCGCGGCCUGCAAGUUCCUGCGGCGCAAGUGUCAGCCGGACUGCGUGUUCGCGCCCUACUUCCCGCCGGACCAGCCGCAGAAGUUCGUGCAGGUGCACCGCGUGUUCGGCGCCAGCAACGUCACGAAGCUGCUCAACGAGGUGAACCCCUACCAGCGCGAGGACGCCGUCAACUCCCUCGCCUACGAGGCCGACAUGCGUCUUCGCGACCCCGUCUACGGCUGCGCCGGCGUCAUCUCCGUCCUCCAGCACCAGCUCCGCCAGCUCCAGCUGGACCUCGCCUUCGCCAUGUCCGAGCUCUCCAAGUACCAGUCCGCCGCAGCCGCCGCCGUCGGGCAUAGAUUCACGGAUGUCAACCUCCCGAUCGGGGCGGCGGGGUUAGGGUUCGGACUCGAACACUUCCUCCCGGUUACUACUCGGGACGCAAACCACCAUCGACAUACGAUGGUGAGGAACUGCGACGCAGAUACUUCGGUAGCGAAGCUGCGCGCAAGUGGUGGAUACGUCGCAGGGCGUGCAGCGGCUUGGACUGCGUCCGCCUCGAGUCUCAUGCCGCUUAAUGGGCAGUCCACGAAGCCAAGCACGGCCGGCGUCGAUGAGAGGCCGGCCAUUGCGCCUCUGUAAGACUCCUUCUCGGUAUACACCAUUCUUGUUUCGAUUACUACACCAAUAUUUGCUACAAAAUCAUCAAAACUAGAAACUCG